GCAAGGCGCUGUGGGCUCCGAGCCAUCGAGCUUCGCACCUCACUGUAGACGAGUCCGGGGUGGGUGUGUCCGCAAUAGCCGCCUCCUCAUUUCGUCUGCGCUGUUUCCGCCUCUGCUCUCCUGUUCUCAUGGACUUGCACGGAAUGACCGCUGCGCACCCGGGGGUCACCGCAGAGAUCAUGGCCCUCCUGGCGACCCCCUCUGUGGCCGGCUGCUGACAUGGGCUGCGGGUCGAGCAAGGUGCUGCCGGAGCCCCCAAAAAACUGCUGCGUGGACUUCGUCAAAGCGGUUGUGAAAGGAAACAAGAAGCAGAAACUCUUUGAGGAGGAGUCCCUUAAACCCCCCGGGAAGAAAAACUACUUCUGGGGGGUUUAUUGUUCCAGCGAUGCGCAGGAACCGACGCCGCCCGCAGCGCAGCCGCCGAAACAGAAGCACAAGCAAGGGGAUCAAGAGGUCACAAAACAAAAUAAAGUCGCGAAGUACCGAGCCAAGUUUGACCCAAGAGUAACAGCAAGGUACAAUAUUAAAGCCCUUAUUGGAAGAGGCAGCUUCAGUAGAGUGGUCCGAGUGGAGCACCGGGCCACCAAACAACCCUUUGCCAUUAAAAUCAUCGAAACAAAAGCCAAAGAAGGAAGGGAGGUCUGCGAGUCGGAACUGAACGUCCUCCGGCGAGUGAGUCACCGCAACAUCAUCCAGCUCAUGGAGGUGUUUGAGUCGCACGAGCGGGUUUACAUGGUGAUGGAGCUGGCGACGGGAGGAGAGCUGUUUGACCGCAUCAUCGCCAAAGGCUCUUUCACCGAACGCGACGCCACUCGCGUGCUGCAGAUGGUUUUGGACAGCAUCAAAUAUCUGCACAGCCUGGGAAUCACUCACAGGGACUUAAAACCGGAGAACCUCCUUUAUUAUCACCCGGGGGUUGACUCCAAAAUCUUAGUCACCGAUUUUGGGUUGGCCAGCUCUGGAAAUAAAGCCGGUGAUUGGUUGAUGAGGACAACAUGUGGGACGCCUGAAUAUAUCGCCCCCGAGAUCCUUUUGAGGAAGCCGUACACCAAUGCGGUGGACGCUUGGGCGCUCGGCGUGAUCACGUAUAUCAUGCUGAGUGGAUCCAUGCCCUUUGAAGAAGAGAAUCGCACGAGACUGUACAGGAUGAUUCUGAAGGGACGGUACAGCUUUGCUGGGGAGCCUUGGCCAAACGUCUCCAACCUAGCGAAGGACUUCAUCACCAGGCUGCUCACCAUCGACCCAAAUGACAGAAUGACUGCAAGCCAAGCACUCAAGCAUCCAUGGAUAGUGACAAUGGCAGCUUCCUCCUCCAUGAAGAACCUCCACCGCUCCAUCUCCCAGAACCUGAUGCGGAGGGCGUCCUCCCGCUGCCACAGCUCCAAGUCUGGCCACUCCAGUGGUUCAAACAAAUCUCGGCGCAACUGGGAGAAAGACCUGCUAGAGCGAAACCUGAAAUACCAGCCCCACCAUGAGCUACAAUGAGUAUCGAGGGUCUUCGGGUCAGUCUGAUCUGUUAGCGCCAAGUUACCUUUUCUAACCUUACUGUGACUUUGACCGCGUGCCCUGCUCGUUUGAAGGGAAUUGACAAGAUCUUAGCUUGCAGGACUUUGUUUCGUUAGGACCCUGUGGUGCUAAAACGCCCAAAAAUGUUAUUAGUAAAAUGUGAACAGCAUCAAUCAAAUAUGAGCGUUGAGUUUUUAGCCUUCUGUUGUAAAUUAUCUUUAUUUACAGAAUAAAGUAUGUGCUUUUUUUUGCAAAUCAGAACAAAACACAUUCUCUGUCUUGGCUACCAAAAAGAAAAGAGGGAAUUGGGCCUGGAGAGCUUGGUACAGUCAAGUGAAAAAGUAAGUGCACCCCAUGGACAUUGUUGGUUUUUUCGACAGAGUUGAACAGGCAGUCGUUAGAUUUUUGUGCAGACAG